GUCAACACUGCAUUGCAAAGUGUGGAAACAUUUUCGCAUGAAUAAAUUAUUGAGAGACCAGUGGAAGAAACUCCGUCCAUCCACUGCAACUCAAAAUUUUCACCUUCGCAAAUCCAUAAAUAUCGGGGAAAAAAAAAAAAAGAAAAAAAAAAAAAAGGAGCCAUGGCAGAACUAGAAACCUUUAGUAUUGCAGACAGGAUAGUUGGGAAGUUAGCUUCUGUAGCAGUGCGAGAGCUUGCAAUCUUCUCAGGCAUGGAGGACCAGAUUUCAGAAUUAGUAGGUACCAUUUCAACAAUCAAAGAUGUACUUCUUGAUGCUGAGGAGCAACAGGUUGAUAAUCAUCAAAUCAAAAGCUGGCUUGAGAGGGUUGAAGAUGUAGUUUAUGAUGCUGAUGACUUUGUGGACUACUUCUCCACCGAAGCUAUGGCCAAGCUCCUCCAGGUACGCACUUUCUUCUCAUGGCCAAGCCAACUUGUGCUUCGUCACAAAAUGGGUCGUAGAAUAAAACAGAUUAAUGGAAAACUACAUGCCAUUGAUUCGGAUAGGAAUAGAAUGGAUUUGGAUUUGGGGGUGUUUUAUGAGGAACCUUUGGUUGUCACUAAAAGUAGUUACAGGGCUCACGCUUUUGUAAGUCAAGGAGAAGUAUUUGGAAGGGAACGUGAUAGGGAGGCCAUCUUGAAACUUUUGUUGGAUCCCAAAGUUGAAGAAGAAGAGAAUGUGUGUGCUGUAGCCAUAGUGGGUUUAGCAGGAGUAGGAAAAACCACACUUGCUCAAUUUGUGUAUAAUGAUGACAAGGUUCGAAGACAUUUUGAUUUAAGAAUGUGGGUCAGUGUUUCGCAAGAUUUUGAUGUCGGAUUACUUGUUGAAAAAAUCAUUAAAUCUGCAUAUGAUGUGAAUACAGAAAAUCUAGAGAUGGAUCAAUUGCAGAAGGAGCUUCGAAAAAUAAUAAAUGGAAAACGAUACCUUCUUGUACUCGAUGCCGUUUGGAAUGUGGAUGGUGAAUCAUGGCUAAACUUGAAAAGGUUGUUGUCAGAUGGAGCACAAGGGGGUAGAAUAAUAAUAACAACUCGUUAUUUAGCUGCUGCAACAGUUGCAAGUAAAAUGGAGCCUUAUUUUUUACAGAUGCUAGAUGAAGAUGCUUCAUGGGCUCUGUUUGAAGAAGUUGCUUUCAAGAAAGGACAAGGGCCAAAAACCCCCAACAUUGUGGCAAUUGGAAAGGAUAUUGUGAAUAAGUGUGGAGGAAAUCCUCUUACAAUUAGGACAAUAGGAAGUAUGUUGUACUUUAAGGAUUCGGAAAGAGAAUGGUACUCCUUCUCGAAGAUGGAAUUUACAAGAGUACCACAACAAGAGAAUGGUAUUAUUCAAACACUUAAACUUAGCUUCGAUUCUCUUCCUUCACAUUUGAAACAUUGUUUUGCCUAUUGUCGUAUAUUUCCUAAAGAGUGUGAAAUUGAUGUGCAAACCUUGAUAAAUCUUUGGAUGGCACAAGGAUUUAUUUAUUCAUCAGAACCUAGGCGGUGUAUGGAAGAUAUAGGCUAUGGGUAUUUUAAACAAUUAACUUGGAGGUCAUUUUUUCAAGAUAUUCAAAGAGAUAAGCAUGGCAUAAUCACAAAGUGCAAAAUGCAUGGUCUCAUUCAUGAUCUUGCAAUCUUGGUAGCUGGAAAGAGGUGCAGCAUGUUGUCAUUAAAUAAAGAUAAUAUUGAUACAAAAGCUCACCACUUGUCAUUUAAUUUUCAUUUGGAUUCACACUGGCAGAUUCCAACUUCAUUGGUUCAAGCAAAAAGGACUAGAACAAUUCUCUUAUCAAAUCAAUCACAGCAGUGGGAAACAGAAGGGAGAUCAAGUAAAUCAAUCUGUGGUAACAUGGUUUUAGGUUGUAAGACAUUACGUGUGUUGGACCUGCAUAAUUCAGGGAUUAAUAUAGUGCCACCUUCUAUUGGAAAGUUGAAGUAUUUGAGAUAUCUUGAUCUUUCUCGUAAUAUAAAUAUCAAAACACUGCCCAGUUCUAUUACUAAGUUGUACCAUUUGCAGACUCUGAAACUCAAUUGUUGUCAGAGACUUAAAGAAUUGCCAAGAGAUAUUAAGAAGCUAAUCAACCUCAGAAAUCUGGAGAUUGAUGGGUGUUACGGUCUUACUCAUAUGCCAUGUGGAUUGGGCCAAUUGACUGAUCUGAGGACAUUAUCUGAAUUUUUAUUAAGCAAGAGGAAAGAUCUUGACUCGAGGCAUAAAGGUGGACUGGAUGAACUGAAGAAUCUAAACAACUUAAGAGGAGAGUUGAGGAUUAAGAAUUUAAGACAUGGGGCAGACUAUGAGGUUGCAAACUUGGAGAAAAAACGGCUUAAGUCCUUAAUACUAAUUUGGGAUAAUGAUGGAGAGGCAAUGAAGGCCGUUGCCAAUGGCUAUGUUCAAUGUUCAAAGCAGGAAGGGAAAGUUGAUUCUUAUUUAAUGUCAUUAAAUGGCCUUAAGCCACAUAUAAGUCUUAAAGAAUUAUCUUUAUCUGCUUAUGGGGGUAUCCAGUUUCCAGAUUGGUUUUCUUCGCUUACAAAUCUUGUUAGACUUUCGUUAUGGGGAUGUAAGAAAUGUCAAUAUAUACCACCACUGCAUCAGUUUUCUUCUCUUCAAGUAUUGACAUUGGGUGAGCUGACUAAUCUGGAAUAUGUUUCAGAAUAUGAAAAUAACCUGUUGUCAUCGACAGAAACAUUGCCAUCCCUAAGGGAGCUUCGGCUCACAGGUUUGCCUAACCUGAGGGGAUGGUGGAGAUUUGAAAAAAAGGAAGGUGUAGAUGAUAUUUCUUCUUCCACAAAAGCAACAAUUCUGUCGACAGCAGAGAGUUAUCAGCCUAUAUUUCCUUGUCUUUCAAAGUUGAGUAUUGAGAACUGCCCCGAGCUGGAUUCUAUGCCGCACUACCCAUAUUUAGACGAGGUGCUUCAGCUGAAUAACAGUAGUGUGAAGCCUUUGCAGCAAACUAUGGCCAUGAGCAUGGCAGGACAGCAGAUCCCAACAACAACAGAUGAAGCUUCAUCCUCGACGAUUUCUCAUGCUUCAGUGCCAAGUACUUCCACUUUCUUUCCUCUCUCUAAACUGAGGAAUCUGUGUCUUGUUGACAUAAUGGAACUUGACAUUUCCAAUGGUGAUGUAAUUAUAUGGGAAGCUUUUGAAAGCCUCAAGUUUUUGACAUUUGAUCAUCUUCCACAACUAGAGACUCUCCCUGAAGGGCUUCAAGAAGUUAACAGCCUGCAAGAACUCCAUAUACGGCGCUGUAAUAAUUUGAAGGCCAUUCCUGAUUGGAUCAUAAAGCUCAAGUCACUUAAGAAACUUGCUAUUCGGCUAUUGCCCAAUCUGACAUCAUUGCCUGUAGAAUUAUAUGGCCACACCUCUUCACAAAAGUUGGAGAUUGAGGAUUGUCCUAAGAUUGCUCAAAAGGCUAAUCAUGUCCAGGAUCUAAUCAUGAAAUUUUUAACAACUUCCGAACCUCUAAGGAUUAUGCAAUAAUCAUUGCGUGAAGAAGUGCCAAGUUCAAGGCAAACAGAUGGUGGUUGGGCAUGCUUAUAUCUGAUUUCUGUAUAUAUAUAUAUAUAUAUAGUUUUUUUUUUUUUUUUUUUUUUUUUUUUUCCCU